UUCCUUUUGUGCCGUCACCCAUCCCGUCUCCAGCUCUAGCUGCGUUUCAGAAGAGUUCCCUGAAACAGUUCGAAAAUCUGUAUCGCCUUCAAGAGAUUGUCAGGAAAGCUCUGCAGCCAGACAAAGGGCCAAAUUCGACAAUCGGAAGAUGCUUCUUUCGUUUUUAGUUGCUCUUAUGCCUUCCUGUGGCUGUCGCCUCUUCAAAGGAUGGAAAUUGGGGCGAGGAUUCUUCCAGCCAGCCUGAUCUGCCUUCUGAACGAGCCCCUCCCCAGUCAAAAUGCACAACAAUAGUUCAUCGCACAACUGCACGAAUCCCCCGACAGAUUUCCACAGCUCCCUUUACGCGGCCACCUACUCCAUCCUCUUUGUUCCGGGGCUCCUCGCCAACAGCCUGGCCCUCUGGGUGUUGUAGCCAGCAAAUCAAGAAGAAAGCAAAGCCGCCAUUUUCAUGAUCAAUCAACUUACGCUGACUGCCCACUUCUGGCACCACGCCUUCUCUUUGCCCUUUGCUAUGGCCUACUACCUCAACCACCGGUGGCCUUUCGGGACCUUCCUCUGCCAGGUGUGCUUCUACCUCAAGUACCUCAACAUGUACGCGAGCAUCUUCUUCCUUACCUGUAUCAGCAUCCAGCGGUACCUCUUUCUGCUUCACCCUUUCAAAGCCCGGGAUUGGAAACGCAGGUACGACAUCGCCAUCAGUGCUGCAGGGUGGGUAGGGGUGGGGGCUGCUUGUUUGCCCCUCCCGAUCCUCAGGAGUUCUGACUCCUCCAGUGACACCAGCACCUGCUUUGCUGACCUCGGGAUGAAGCAGGUCAGAGCCACGGUCGCCUUGGUGGUAGUUGCCGAAUUUGCCGGGUUUGUGGUCCCCCUGACGCUGAUCCUUUACUGCACGUGGAAAAUGAGGCAAUCCUUGCAGGAGUUUCGCACCCCUCUGCAACCCACCAGCGAGAAGCAGAAAGCGUUACACAUGAUCUUGGCGUGCGCAGCGGUGUUCUUCAUAUGCUUCACGCCCUACCACGUGAAUUUCCCCAUAUUCAUGAUGGUGAAACGGGAAGCCAUCCUGGACUGCGCCGUGCGGCAUAGAGCGCUGUACUUCCACCCCAUUUCUUUGUGCCUGGCAAGCCUCAACUGCUGCCUGGACCCGAUUCUCUACUACUUCACCACAUCAGAGUUCCAGGAAAGGCUGCUCUGCUGUAGCAGCGCUGCCAUCUGGAACCGUCUGACCAACCAUGACAGCAACGGCGCGGCAUCGUCAGCUGGGGAGAGGAGCGAAGAAGGUCCCAAAAGUAAAAGCAUUUUAAUGGCCUAUUUUUGGACUCGGCAGCCGCACCGGUUUGAAAGAGACAGCAUGGAGUCCCCACUGUCCUGUUAACCAAGGGCUGGCUCACAUGAGUGAACUUUGCUUCUUCUCACAUUGUUUACUCCACAGAUAAUCAUUCUUAGCUCGUUGGCUGAACAUUGGAAAAUGCAGCAAUGUGGACAUUUCCUAUCUGUGGUGGCUCACCCAGCUAAUCGUUUAACACCCAGGUGUCAAACUCGCGGCCCUCCAGAUGUUAUGGACUACAGUUCCCAUCAUCCCCUGCCAGCAUCAUAGCGAGUGGGAACUGUAGUCCACAACAUCUGGAGGGUCGCGAGUUUGCCACUAGUGAACCAGCGAGAGAUGCACAAAGACAUGUGAGCCAUUUCUAAGGAUACGUUCAGAAGUCAGUGUAUAUGUUUCACCCUAAGUGGUUGAUUACUUGGGCUCUGCUCAGCUGUUUGUUUGCCAAACAAAUAUUUUCCAGAAUAGGUACUUUCAUAGUCCUUUAACAACUGUGUUGUACUGCUGUGUUCUGCCACCAGAUGUUGCUGUUGCAUUAUUCUCUUCCUUUAUGUACAUUAAGACUUCAGCAUUAAGCCUCAUAAACCCUUGGGAAAGCAGACAGCUCUAAUGGCAGAACUUGGGAUUACACAAUGCUAGUCCUCACACAACAGAGGGCCAUCUGUAGCCCAAAGGCCCUUUCCGCACAUGCAGAAUAAUGCACUUUCAAUCCACUUUCAAUGCACUUUGCAGCUGUAUUUUACUGUGCGGAAGAGCAAAAUCUACUAGCAAACAAUUGUGAAAGUGGAUUGAAAGUGCAUUAUUCUGUAUUUGCGGGAGGGGCCAAAGAGAAUUACAACAACACAAGCCUUUAUUGGCAUAUAAAACAGGACAAAUUUUUAAACCAAAACAAGGUUAAGAAAUACAGUUAAAAUUACUACU